GCGUAGCGACUAGGCUGCUUAAUGUUACGAGGGCAAAUAUGAAGAUUUACCUGCACAAUGGAUAAUUUUAUUUAAGGUAGCUAAGUUAUGAAGGAGCUUCUAAGCAUAUUUUGACUGCUGGAGGUUGUGACUAGCGUGUUUAUCAAAGGGAAGUAGUGGUAACGAUGGCAGCAAUGCAUGAGCAGACCCCAGUGCGAUGGCCAAAGACAGCCCAUUGGAGUGGUGUGAAAACUCAAAGUUUGCGGCCACAGAGACCAUGCUGGACCCCUUCAAGAUCACACAGCAAGGCGGAGGUGAUUCUGCGCUUGAGUGAGGAGACCCAGCGCCCGCACAGGGUGGUGGUGGAGGAGGAGGAGGAGGAGGAGGCCCUCGAAAGCACCCCAGAACAAGUGCCCUGAUUCAGAGGCAGAGAACUUGGGGUGUCUGGCUGAGCACAAAAGAGGGCAAGGCGAAUGUGAGAUGACAAAAAAGACCCUGAUGCAGGAGUUGGAGGAUACUAAAAAUAACUACAUGAUCUCCACCGGUACAGUCUGCUCUCUGAGGCGAGCCCUGUCAGUCAAAGACAGGGAGCUGGGUGCAGCCAGGGCCCAGGUGGAGGAGCUGAAGCAGGAGCUGAGAGACAGGAUGGCUCAACUGCAGGCCAUGUCCAGAAAGCUGACGGCACAGCUGAAGGAGGAGGUGCUACAGAAGGGCCAGGUGGUGGACACAGUCACAGGGGAGUUGCAGCAGCUACAGAAGGACCUGGUGAAGGAAAGGGCUGCCCAGGCUAAGCUGGAGAGGCAGGACCAGGCCAAUCAGGACACCAUCAGCGCCCUGCACCUGCAGCACAGCAGAGCCAAAGUGUCCCUGGGGCAAGUGCAGACCAGGUUUGAAAGGCUGCGGGUGAAGAUCAUUCAGGCUGCCUUUUCUGCUCCUGGUGCUAAACAGCCCCAGACUGAAAUCAGCGACGCUGUCCUUCUGCAGACCUUGCAGAAAAUAAUCGAGGACCGGACAGCGUUCCACCAAAGACUGCAACAGAAAGGAGAGAAAAUGCCUCCCCUCACAACAGCAGAGACGCAGAGUGCGAAAACUACAUCUGCGACAGCUAAAUCCAAGACCUGACGGACAACCUGUCACUUUCGUCAAGUCUCCCAGUAUUCCCUACCUCAGCAGUUUUAUAACGGUGUUAUUUUGCUUGAACCGGAUGUUGAUUCAGUCAACCUAAAGUGUUGAAUUUAAUCAUGAGCCCAAAAGUAAAAAGGAAUUAGUUAGGUAGACGGAGUCAAUUCAUUAUUAUGGAAUAGACUACAUUCGGAUGAAAUUAGAUUAUUUUCAGAUGGGUAGGUUGUAACAUUGUAUGACUUUACUAAUUUCUGGAAUGCUAUAACGUUAUUAGACAGAGUUACUAGUAGCUCCACUUCACUUGCCAGAUCUCCUGGGAUGUAAAAAUAACUAAAACUUUUUACAUCCCAGUAACUUCUUUUGUCAAGAUUCAGCCAAACUGCAGUGAACUAAGCUUCAAAUUUAAAUGUGAAGCUUUCACAAAAGGCACUCGAUUUUUUUCAUUAUUCAUUAUUCUUAUCA